AUAGUUGCCGCGAGUACAGUAUCGUUCUGAUUUUCUGUCUGUUCGGAUCUCUGAAUUAAACGGAGUUUCUCACGUAUAUACGUAUCGCGUACAACACAUAUUACGUCUUAAACAUUUUUUUACGUUCCAAACGUGGAACAUUAAUAUUUUACUUUUGUUUUUUGCAUAUUUCAUAUCAGACAAGAUAUAGAAGUCAUUGAAAUUUAAAAACGUUAUCAAAUUCUUACAAGCGAUAAUUUAAUUUUUGUUCUGUGUACAUAAAGAUACGAGAAUUACUUCCCUUCAGGGUUCUAUCUGCGAUAGACUGGUCGGCCAGUCUGUUCGUGGGUGUUUGAAUAACUGCGACAACUGGAAGUUGGCCCUGAAUGCAGAGCCCCCGUGGCUUUGCUAGCACCCCCACAGUGAUCUUGUCUUAAUCCGCUUCCUCACGACUCACCCAAUUAGCAUUGACAGCUGCCUCUUUGCUGCCUAGCACCUACAGAGUACUAAUUAAUUCAAUCAAAUCAAUCAACAUGAAGGUAACAAAUCUAGAUGAACGUAUCCAUGUCUUGGACAGCGAGUCCAAUGUCAUGACUGUUAUCAAAGAUAUUGCAACGAGCGGUUUGCAAGAUGAAGCUUUCUAUGUAUUGGAUAUAGGAGAUAUUGUACAAAAGCAUCAAAUCUGGAAAGAAAAAUUGCCUCGAGUCGAGCCCUAUUAUGCUGUGAAAUGCAAUGACAAUUUGCUAGUAAUCGAGGUAUUAGCAGCCCUUGGUAUCGGUUUCGAUUGCGCAUCUAAGAAUGAGAUAAACAAAGUGUUGAGUCUCGGUGUAGAACCUUCAAGAAUUAUUUUUGCUAAUCCGGCCAAACCAGCUUCACACAUUCGUCAUGCUGCUGCAGUAAGAGUUGAAACCAUGACAGUAGAUAAUGAAAGUGAACUGCACAAAAUUAAAAAGCUUUUCCCAACAGCCAAGAUUGUUUUGCGAAUUCGUUGUGAUGCAGAAGUGGCUUUGUGCCCGCUUGGCAUGAAAUUUGGCUGUGAUCCGACACACGAGGCUCCUAACCUUUUACGUCUCGCAUGGAACUUGGGUCUCAAUGUAGUGGGCUUCAGUUUUCACGUUGGAUCUGGAUGUCAAGAUCCACCAGUAUAUUAUCGAGCUAUUCGUCAUUGCAAAAUAUUGUUCAAUAUGGCCACUGAUUUUGGUUUUAAACCUUACCUUUUGGAUCUUGGUGGUGGUUAUCCAGGCAAUAAAGGCACAAGCAUUGAUAAAAUUGCAGAGAUUAUCAACGAAGCUCUUGAUGAAUAUUUCAAUACUGAUGCUGUUCAUGUAAUCGCCGAACCAGGCCGCUUUUAUGUUGCAUCUGCAUUUACAUUGGCAACGAGUAUUCAUAGCAAACGUUCUAUACGCGGAGAUGAUAAUUCCAACACUGUUACGCACAAUAUGUAUUACAUUAACGACGGCGUUUACGGAUCAUUUAAUUGUCUGUUGUAUGAUCAUCAGCAUGUAACUCCUAUUCCUUUAAAGAAUGGUUGCGGAAAAAUGAUUCCUUCGAGCGUAUGGGGUCCGACGUGUGAUGGAUUGGAUAAGGUUGUUGAGAAUAUCAUGUUGCACGAUAUGGAACUUGGUGAAUGGUUGAUUUUUGAAAAUAUGGGUGCCUAUACAUUGCCUGUUGCUUCUCCAUUUAACGGAUUUCCCAUUCCUAAGAUUCAUGUUGUCGCUGACGAAGACAUUUGGCUUUUACUGAAAGAUGCUCUGCCUUUAACUGAAGAUCACUUUGUUAUUGGUAAUACACCAGGUAAUUUGCGACUCGGACUAGAUAUUGGAGGAAACGAUAUCGAUCCAUGGAACAACACUCAUUCAAUAGAAUUAGCACCGCCUGAAAUAUUAACGGACACUUCUAAUACGCCGCCACACUUUAUUUUUGAGUAUGUCGAGGCGCCACUGAAUUAGCUUGAUUAUUUAACGAAUGUUUCGAAGUGCGUUUAUGCAUUUCAAAGCAGAUACAUUCAAUUGGUGCAUGAAAUUAUUUUCUUUGAAUAUUUUUUAAAUAUUUUCUUUAAUUAUUUUUUUAAAUUUUUUGAAAAAAUAAUAUGUGCAAGCAUUAUUUUUAAUUGGCACAGUGAUAUUUUUUAUCAUUUCAAAAAUUCUUUAAAAUAUAUGUACAUUACUUGCAUGCAUCGAAAUAUAUCUAUAUAUAUGGUUUUAAGAUAUAGUUUUGACGUACAAUCUAUGUACAACUUUUCUCCUUUCAGACGUUUUGAAAUCACCUCUUCUAUUUGCUUUUAUUAAAAAUACAUUUACUCGAGUAAUAAUUAAGAAUUACAAAUUAAGUAAAGCUCUAAAAGUGGCCCCUCUGAUAUUACUGUUGAAGACUAAUCUUCAUGAAUGUCAAGUUUUUCUCAUCGCAUAAUACAUAAAAGAUAUUACCAUAGAUGUUUAAUCAUACGUGUCUCUGCCAUCAGUACAAUACAGCGUAUUAUAGUUUCCACAUACAUUUCUAGGUACAAAAAUUGAUAUUUCGGAAAAUAAUUCGUAAAAAUUAUCUUGCAAAUACUUUUCUCUUGCAGUUUUUCAACAUAUUUAACAUAGAACAAAGCUAUAAUUUGUUUUUAUAUGGAUUGUACAUGGAAGAGCAAAUCGUGAUUUGACAAUAGAAAGAUUUGUCAUGCUUUCUAUAAAUGAUAAAAGAACAAGGCGGCCAUGCGUAGAGAGCAACGAUUUAAAUAUACUACGAUGUAGUUUUACGUUUUUAAAUAUUUAAAAUAAGUAAAUAAUUUUUUAAAAAGCUUGGGUAAUACUCGGGGCAAAAAUUAACAUGUUCUUUAUUUUUUUUAAUUGCUAUUUUAAAAGCACUAUUAAGAAAAAGAAGAAAAAGAAUUCAUAAUGAAUUGACUAUACAAUAUAUGUGUAUAUGUGCAUAAAGCACAAAUGUAUUCUUUAAAAUUUAUUUUCUAUAUUAAAUAAACAUAAACUCUGUAGGAUUGCUAGGAAUUUUACGGCAUUGAGGCAGCUGUCAUAAGAACCGAA